AACGAUUUCAAAUUCAAUGUUCUAUUUUUCUAUUUGUAAUUUGUAUUAUUUCCCUCUGAAUAGCCACUGUGUUGUGUUUAUUAUUUCUAUAUUUGUAAAUACGUGUUUUAAGAGGCUUCAGUGAAAAAUGUUGAUUUAAUUAUGUAAACAGCUGUGAUGCAGUGGCAUUGACCUUUGUUUAUUGUUAUCGGGAACCUUUGUUCCCGAACUAGGUACAAUCCUUGUACAAUCUAGUCCAAUUUAUGUUUGCAAUCAUUUCUAAAUCAAUGUUUACAAUGGAUAGAAAUCUUGUGGUCCUCGUUCUAUUUUUUUUAUUUGUUCAUCUAUGUUCUACUUACAAACCUGUGGUGUUAAUUCAUGGGAUCAUGACUGGCAGUGGCAGUAUGGAAAUGAUUAACCAUAGGAUCCAAGAGAAACAUCCGGGCACAAAAGUGUAUAAUGUGAACAGAUUUGAGAGUUGGUCGAGCUUGGAGACCAUGUGGCAUCAAGUCAUGGAGAUUGGAAUGGAUGUAGCCAACUUUUCCAGUCAACAUCCAGAAGGAAUCAAUCUUAUUGGGUAUUCCCAAGGUGGUUUAGUUGCAAGAGGAAUUGUGCAGACAUUUUCAAAUGUUUCUGUUAGCACUUUUAUAUCACUGAGUUCUCCUCAAGCUGGGCAGUAUGGAGCUGGUUUCCUUCAUGUAGUGUUCCCUGGCUUAGUAAAAGAAUCAGCAUAUGAACUGUUUUAUUCUCGGGUUGGACAACACACCUCAGUGGGCAACUAUUGGAAAGACCCUUACCAUCAGACUUUGUACGAGACAUAUAGUGUGUACCUGCCUUAUAUCAAUAAUCAUAUUCAAUCUGCGAAGUCGGACGAUUUCAAGAAGAACAUGCUUCGAUUGAAAAGAUUAGUUCUCAUUGGGGGGCCCGAUGACCAAGUUAUUACACCCUGGGAAAGUAGCCAAUUCGGUUACUACGGCGUAAACGAAACGGUAGUAGAGAUGCGUGACCAGGAGAUCUACCAAUCCGAUAGAAUCGGCUUAAGGGCGCUCGACGAAAGUAACCGUCUGCAUAUAGUCACCGUGCCUGGAGUCAACCAUUUCAACUGGCACAUGAACGUGAGCAUAGUCGACGACUAUCUGUUGCCAUACUUAGAUUAAUAGCUUAAGGGCGCUCGACGAAAGCAAUCGACUGCACAUAGUCAUCGUGCCAGAAGUCAACCAUUUCAACUGGCACAUGAACGUGAGCAUAAUCGACGACCAUCUGUUGCCAUACUUAGAUUAAUAGCUUAAGGUCGCUCGACGAAAGCAAUCGACUGCACAUAGUCAUCGUGCCAGAAGUCAACCAUUUCAACUGGCACAUGAAUGUGAGCAUAGUCGACUAUGUAUAAACUGUUCCUAUAUAGUAGAUUUAUAUCCAAAAGUUCGCUUAUUACAAAAUUAGAUGUCGCUAAACGCAGUUAAAUCGCGCUGGUGAGGUUUUUAUUCAUAAAAUGAGACUAAUUUAAACAAUAAAGUAUCUUUUUGUUCAUUACCAAAUUAUUUUGAUGAAAUCGAGAGAUAAGAUUGUUAUCUUUAACGUAAACUGAUAUACAUGUCCAAAACUUUAAUUAGUGAAAAUAAUGUAAGAUUAAACAAUUAGUGAUAAAAAUGUAAUAUUUUUUGUAUUAUAUAGUCAUGUUAUAUUAUUUAUUAUGUAAUAUUAAUUCAAAAUUAUUAUUUAUUAAUCCAUCGAAUCCUUUACCAGUGCAUAAUUUUAGUUAUAAGUAGACAAUUUUUUAAGUGUUUUUUUUUUGGUUUGUGAUAAUUAUUGUUAUUUUAAUUUAGACUAAAUUUUAUAUUAGAAUCUCAUUUUGUUUACUUACUGGUUACAUUUACAAAUAUCUACAAUGUAUUUUAGAUUUAAUUUCGUGAAUUUAAUAAGAAAAAUGGAAUAGAUCAUACUUAUAAAAAUGACUAUUAAUAGUAAUCUUAAAAUAAAAUAAAAUAAUAUAACUAUCGAUGUAUUGCUCUGAAAUGGAGAUAUAAUUAUACAAGUCCGCUGGAAAAUGUGUGGCCUCAUGUCAAGAGUGAAUAGGCAACUUCUAGGCAAACUCGCUCCAUCUUAGGCUGCAUCACCACCUGCUAGCAGGUCUGAUUGCAGCCAAGCGCUAGUCUAUAAAUUAAAAAAAAAUGGUCUUCGUGUUGACAGUAUGUUUACAAUGAUAUCUCAUCACUAAUAUUUAGUUCCGAGUACGCUCACAUGGCGCUCACUGCUGCCGCCAAAAUGGCGAAAAUCAAAUUGCUUUAAAACCUGGUCGACAAUCGUAAGUCCAGCGUACUCGCAUUAGUAGAGGUCAGUGAUGCACUGUAAAAAAACACAUGUACAUUUGUAUUGUGAUAACGUCCCAUUGUUCUUCAAUACGUAAUGAUCUUGAAGAUCGUCAUUGAUGUCAGUCAUUCAACUUGAAUUUUGUAAAGAUUGGCGCACAUUACAAUAAUUAGGUAUGUCGUUUGACCAGACAUUUCAUAAAUGGGCUCAAUACACGCUCAAUACAUGUAAAAUUUUAGAUUUAUUGUACUCAAACGACCAGCUGUCGUUAAGUCUUUAAGACUAAAAUCGCUGUAACCUUUGUUCAUUAUGGAAUAUUUUCUAACACAAAAAAUCGACAAAAGUCAAGUACCACAAAAAUAUUAUAGUGUCGUGUACACUGACCAUUGUCUUAGGGCACGUGCACACGAACAACUUCUUUCUACGCAGUGUCAUGAUCCCACAUCAAAGACGAUAUCAUAUUCACUGAUAUAAGUAACUUAUAGUCGCGAAAAUAUCGUACUUUUGCAACAGCAGAUUAAACUAAUUUCGCGAUCGCGUACCGUGCGGUUUAAUCUUGCAAAUAGUUUCGUAUAUAAUCGUCACGCGAAAUUUCUUAUCCAUCCAAACUUCUAUCGAGCCAGUGCCAAUCCAUCAUAGAUAUUUCCUUUUAUGUUAUUUUUAUUUUAGCACAAAGAUCAUUUGAAUGAUUGCAUACACGAAGGCAAUGCAACUGAGCGAGGCGUCAUUUUUUCUCAACUGAAGAAGCGCGAAAACUCUUGCUUGUUAGACGAAAACUUUUUCAGCUCAUGUUUCAAAAUGAUAGUAUAUAUCGUCGCGGAAAUAAUCACUUUCGCCAUUAUUUCGUAAAUGUAAUAUCGGAUCAAGUUUUAUUGCGACGCGACAGUCGCAGGUGAUUUAUGGACGACGCAACUGCGCAACUGUACCGGUGAAAAACAGUCGUUCGUGCGUGCGGACCCUUACGUUUUUUAAAUGUAUUGAAUAAUAUUAUGUUUUAUUGAAUCUCAUGGAAUCUCAUCUUUUAGAGAUGUAAAAAAUGUAACAUAAGUAAUAACUAUUAUAUUAUAAUAAACAUAUUAUUUACAAAUCUCAUUAUUUAGAUUUAGAAAGUAAGUGCAUGGCUGUUUUAUACAUUAGUUUUUUUACUCGUAAUGAUUUUGUGCAAAUAAAUUUUUAUACUUUGAUAUA